GAAUGUGCAAGUGUUACCACAUGUCCGUAUGUUGCACGAAUGUGUGUGUGUUGCCAAGUCUCCAUAUGUUGUAGGAAUGGACGGCAGUGUUGCCAAGUCUCCAUAUGUUGUAGGAAUGGACGGCAGUGUUGCCAAGUCUCCAUAUGUUGUAGGAAUGGACGGCAGUGUUGCCAAGUCUCCAUAUGUUGCAGGAAUGGACGGCAGUGUUGCCAAGUCUACAUAUGUUGCAGGAAUGGACGGCAGUGUUGCCAAGUCUCCAUAUGUUGCAGGAAUGGACAGCAGUGUUGCCAAGUCUACAUAUGUUGCAGGAAUGGACGGCAGUGUUGCCAAGUCUCCAUAUGUUGCAGGAAUGGACGGCAGUGUUGCCAAGUCUCCAUGUGUUGCAGGAAUGGACGGCAGUGUUGCCAAGUCUCCAUAUGUUGCAGGAAUGGACGGCAGUGUUGCCAAGUCUCCAUGUGUUGCAGGAAUGGACGGCAGUGUUGCCAAGUCUCCAUGUGUUGCAGGAAUGGACGGCAGUGUUGCCAAGUCUCCAUAUGUUGCAGGAGAACAUGAAGACGAAGGACCGUCAACAGGUCGUCAGAACACUAACAUACUCGGUGUGCGGCUAGACACGGGUGGCCGGGAGACCGGUAAUUGA